CAAUUAAACCGUUCUGUUCUCAUGGUAAAGAUGAUUCGUCGAUGUUUAGCAACACGCAAGGUGUUAUACCUCUCACUCUUUCAUCUAAAAGUGAGAAAGGAGACACAUCGAUAUCAAGGGUAAUUAUCUCACUCCCAACGGAGCCCAAGACGAUCACGUCAACAAUCAAGACGACGAUGGAUACGAUGGAGACUGCUCUCACUUCACUCAUUGAACCACAGAGCCCAGAUAAUAUUGUUCAGUUGGACCAAAGUGAAAGCAAACUCAACAUGCCUGGUAAAACUUGGCCCCAAUCAGGAAAAGAGACACAUGUUCUCGGUUUUCCACCACCAGUAGUUAAUGUGGAAGCCUUAUCCCAGCGGGCUGAGAAUGGGUACCGUGGAUUGAAUGGGGAUAAUAGAAUCACAUACGACACCAAUGAACCACGAGAUGACAUCGAUGGACCGACACCAGAACGAGCAGUAUGGGGAAAGAAAGCAGACUUUCUACUCUCCGUCAUCGGUUUCACAGUCGACCUCGGAAACAUUUGGAGAUUUCCUUAUAUUUGUUACAAAAAUGGUGGAGGUGCUUUCUUAGUGCCAUACGCGUUGAUGGCUAUCUUUGGUGGAGUACCAUUCCUGUACAUGGAGAUGGCUCUAGGGCAGUACCAAAGAACAGGAUGCAUUACAGUCUGGAGGAGAAUAUGCCCUAUCAUGGGAGGUAUCGGCUAUGCAAUCUGCAUCAUUAACUGCUAUGUGGGGUUCUUCUAUUCGACCAUCACUGCAUGGUCUGUCUAUUACCUCAUUGCGUCAUUCGCUACAACACUCCCAUGGACGAGCUGUGAUAAUGAUUGGAACACUGAGUUUUGUGCCAGUCCGUUUGCAGAGAAUUUCAGUAACACAAGCGUGACCCCUGCCACUGAGUUCUUUGAACGUAAAGUUAUUGGAUCUCAUCUCUCAACUGGUAUCGGUGAUCUUGGAGGAUUAAAGUGGGAGCUCGCUCUUUGUCUCCUCCUUCUAUUUGUCAUUGUUUACUUCAGUAUUUGGAAAGGCAUCAAGGCUUCAGGAAAGGUGGUUUGGGUGACAGCUACUCUUCCAUAUUUCUGUCUCAUCGUUCUUCUCAUUCGAGGAGUGACACUAGAGGGCGCUUCAUCAGGCAUCAUCUACUAUCUCAAACCUAAAUGGCAUCUUCUACGAAAUGCUGGGGUAUGGGUUGAUGCUGCUGUCCAAGUGUUUUUCUCGCUUGGUCCAGGCUUCGGCGUUAUUCUUGCUUUCUCUAGUUAUAAUAAACUCCAUAACAACUGUUUCAAGGAUGCGCUGAUUACGAGUGGUAUCAACUGCUUUACCAGCUUCUUAGCUGGCUUCGCCAUAUUUUCUGUGCUGGGUUUCAUGUCUGUCCAACAGGGGCGAGAUAUUGAAGAAGUAACACCUGAUGGACCUGGGCUCAUCUACAUCGCUAUCCCUGAAGCUAUCAGUCAGUUACCAGGCUCAACCUGGUGGGCUGUCAUCUUUUUUGUUAUGAUCAUCUCACUAGGCCUAGAUAGCACUUUCGGUGGAUUGGAAUCGAUCAUUACAGCUUGGUGUGAUCGCAAUCCGAAGACGAUCGGUAAACAUCGGGAAAUUUUCGUUGCUUGCGUUGUGUGUUUUAUCUUCCUCGGCUCACUUACGACGGUUACUUACGGCGGUCAGUAUGUAUUUCAGUUAUUAGAGAGCUACGGCGCCUCAACCACUCUCCUCCUCGUCGUCGUUCUCGAAGCUAUUUCAAUCACAUGGUUCUACGGACUUCAAAACUUUACUAGCGACAUUCGUACGAUGAUAGGCCGAACGCCUAGCGUCUAUUGGCAGCUAUGCUGGAGUAUUCUAAGUCCAGCCAUGCUACUCUUCGUAGUGGUGUUUGGCCUAUUCAUGCAUCGCCCUAUGGUAGGAUUCCAAGGGGAACCCUAUCCACAGUGGUCUAUUGGUGUAGGAUGGUGUCUCACUAUGUCUACUAUUGUCUGUGUUCCUGCAUUUGCUCUCUACAAGCUUCUCAUUACACCAGGAUCCCUUAAGGAGAGAUUUGUAGCUAUAACUUCUCCCCAGGAACAUCCCGAUCAUAAGACAUCGUAUGACAGCUCAUCAGUCGAUAGUGUGUGAUGAAUCUCUUUUCUUCCGUCAUGGACAAACAGCAUUGGACAUCUAACUCUGUUCCUGUUGUCCCAGUUGGCUGUAAUGCUCCCCAGGGAGUGGAGAUUGUGCACACAGUGUGUGCGGGCGGGUAAGCACUGAAUCCAAUGACCAGGGUAAUGAUAAUCUGCAAAGCGCUCAGAGACAUCUCAAGCGCGAUAUAACAGCGGAAUAUUAUUUAGUAUCAUUAUUAUGUAUCUUAAGGACUAGAGCCAAUUCAAGAUUUAUGAUUGCAAAAAAUUGUCUUUUGAUAAGGAAAAGUCAACGAACAUUCCUGUAAUAUUCUCCGAAGAGUUAUAUUUUAUCAUUUUAGUAUAAUUGUCUAUUGUUCUCGUCGAAUUUGUUGAAAUAUGUUCAUGUAUUAUGUUGAUAUUUUUCGUUAUAUUUCUGUUUCGUUAUUCUUUUAUGGGUCAUGUUUAUUUUACCAUUUUUGCCCUUCAUUUUGAUAGUACUGUACUAGAUAGAUUUGUAUAUUGUCAUGACCAUGCCAGAUAUGUUGUUUGCUGCUAUUGUAAUGUAUUCUGCUCGUGAAGAUGUUUUCGAUGUAGUUAUACUAUCCGUCAUAAGGAAGCUGUAGACAAGAUUUGAUCUGUUGGGUCACAUUUGAUUUUCAUGACUAAGUACUCAUUCAAUAGUUUUGUUUAGCUUCUUUAGAAUAAAAGAUAAUUAGAUAUGGAUGUGCAAUUUUGUUUAAUCUGAGCUAUGCGAUAUAUCAUGUCUGAUGAUGAUAUGGUGAUAUGCUGUGUUUCCGAAUUGAAAUCAUGUAUAAUGUUGCCAUAAACCAGGGAGGUGACAUUAAUAACUCCUUGGAUAAACUAAUCAAAUGGUACUCAAUCAAUCAAUCAGUAUUUACUGUUAUCAUAUCGCCUAAAUAUUUGUAUGUCGUGAUAGACUGAAAAUUUGACUAGAUGAUUGACUGGAAGUAAACAUUGAAAAUCAAAUCAAUAUA